AUAAUAUUUCAUCAUUUUUUUGUUGUUGCUGAGAAUCUUUCUUUUUUUUUUGAAUUUGACAAAAAUACCCGGGUCUAUUUUUUUGUGUUAUAAACUAAACACUAAAUCAAUUUGCAAUACGAUUGUCAAAUUGUUUGUUUGUUUGUAUUGGUAUGAUAUUAUCAUUAUCAUCACCAUUAUCAUCAUUACGACGAUCAUCAUCAAUGAUUACCAUUCAUAAUCAGACAUUUCGAAAAAUGCCUGUCAAAAUAAACUAUAAUAAUAAUUCCAGUAAUUGGUAUUGUUCAAUAAAUAAUUCAAAUUCAACAACAACAUCACCAUCAACCAAUUCAUCAUCAUCAUCAUCAUCAGAGACAGCAACAUUAACAUCAACAUUUGAUAGUAUGUUUUUUAAUGAAGAUUUUAGUGUUGAUCCGGCCGAUAUCGAUGUAACGGAUAUAAAUUCAUUUUGUUUUGAUGAAAUAUGGAGUAAUUUUAUACCAACACCACCACAAUCACCACCAUUUAUAUUGGAUUGUUGUGAAGAUAUACUUAAUGAUGUUAAUGAUAUUGAUGAUGGUGAAAAGAUGUGUGAUAUUGAUGAUGGUGGUGAAGAAGAAAUUGCCCAAAAUGUGAUUGCACAUGAUUGUAUGUGGUCCGGACAAUGUAGUGAACAUCAAUGUAAAUCAUCAACAUAUAAUCAUGGUGUUGGUGUUGGUAUUCGAAAUGGAAUUAAUAGUAAAUCAAUGGCAACAAUAUUUAGGCCUGGAACACCAUUCAAUUUAUCAACAUCACCACAAAGCGCAUUCAAUUAUAUUCAAUCUUGUGAUUUGAAUAUGAAUGAAAAUUAUUCAAUUGAAGAUGAUAGUAAUCAACAACAACAAGAUCAACAACAAUCCAUAACAGUAACAACAAAUAGUAAUGUUUAUGCAAUGGCCAAUGAUCAUUCUUAUGGUGGAUCACAACAACAACAACAAAAAAUGAUGUCUGAUAGUAAUGAAAAAAGUUUAAUACAUAAAGAUACGAAAAGUAUAUAUAGAAAAUCAAUGGAAAAUAAAUCGAUUGGUCAACAACCAAGAAUGUCAAAAAUGCGAUGUAAAAAAUUGGCAAAUAGUAAUAGUAAUACGAAUCGUAAACAAUUACAACAACAACAGCAGCAAUCAUCAAGUAGUUUAUUGAAUAAUAAUAAUAACGUAUCUUUAUCACCAUCAUCAUUAUCAUCUACAACAACAUUGAAUGGUAUAAAAAAAGAAAUUACUGAUCAGAAUAGUGUUGUAAAAUCGACAAUAGUAUCAGUAUCAUCAUCAACAUCGAAUGGUAUGAAAAAUUUUCAAUCAAUUAAAAGAAAAAAUCCAAAUACUAUCGUUCAUCAACAACAACAACAAUCAUCAUCAUCAAUGAUUUCGACAUCAUCAUCAAAUUUAUCACGUGUAAUACAUGUGAAAAAUAUGGCCGCAUCGAUUGCCAUGAAUCAUAUUUCGAAUUUACAAUUAAAUAGUCCGGCUUGUUCUGAUUCCGAAGAAAGUAGUCUAUCAUUUUUGUCUGGUGAUGGUUGUGAACAAAAAUUAAAUGGCUGUUCAUCAUCAUUAUCAUCACCACCACCGGUAAAACGACGUGAACAUAAUGAUUCUGAACGUAAACGUCGUGAUCAUUUAAGAAAUUCAUUUAAUAAUUUACGAGAUCAGAUACCAAAAUUGAAAACAUCACAGAAAAGGCCACCAAGAAUAAUGAUUUUACAUGAAGCAACAAAUCAUGUACAAGAUUUGAUCAAUGAAAAUGAACAAUUAGAACAUGAACAUCGUAUGGAAAUUGAAAAACGUAAUCGUUUAAUGGAAAUAUUGCGAAAAUGUAAUGAAAAUUCACAUUAAUAACAAAUAAAUAAUCAUCAUUUGAAGAUUUAUUAUUAAUAUUAAUAAUAUUUAGACCAAUACCAAUAGAUCCACACACACACACAAGCAUUACA